CAAGGGUUUAUUGAGUAAGGGUUGAUUUGUUUUAGAACGCGUCUCUCGAAACUAAACCCUAGAGCGGAACUGGGUUUCGGAAUUUGACUACAAUGGAUGAGAUGACUCCAUCAGCACCACCACCAACAACAACGACUGCGUUACCAACUUCUUGCUGGAGCAAAAUUGUUCAGAAAGAGGCGCCUCCAAAACCAAAACCAGCUAAUUACGCAACCAAUCGAGUCUUUGAGGGAAGUUGUAAAUCAAGUAAAGGAAUCUCAGUUGCUGUUGUUGAUGCUAAUGCCAUUAUUCAAGGUGGAAUUAAUCUCAAUAAUGUUGCCGAUAAAUUUGUUUCUGUUUCUGAAGUUUUGGAGGAGAUAAAAGAUCCUGUUUCUCGUCAGAAGCUUGAACUCCUUCCCUUUACUGUAGAGACAAUGGAACCAUCCGCAGAAUCUCUUAAUAAAGUUAUCAGCUUUGCACGAGCAACUGGUGAUUUACAAGUUCUCUCAGAUGUUGAUCUUAAACUUGUUGCGCUGACUUAUAUGUUGGAAAGCCAAAUCCACGGGACUAACCAUCUCCGAGAUACUCCUCCUCCAAUCCAUGUUGUUAAUGUGAAAAGGUUGGCUGAAAAGGAUAUGCCCGGCUGGGGUUCCAAUGUACCUAAUUUGGAUGAGUGGGAAGCUUUAGAACAUGCAGUCGAUCAAGGGUCCAACUCAGAAUCGAGGAUCCUUCCUUUGAAAGACUUAAAUCUUAAUAUCUUACCUGUAGAUGGUAAUGGAGAUUCUCAAAAUGGUUUAACUGAAGAUGUUAGUGAAACUCGUAGUGAGAUUCCUUCAGAGGAUGUUGGUCGCAGCUUCAGGAAACCAAGGAGAUAUGCUUCCGUAAAGAAAGAGAUAAAGAUUGAAGGUAAGAUGGUAGCUGACGGAGUUGAUGCUUCUCAGGGUCAAGAUGACAAUUCCAAUGACUGGCUUCCUGCUGUAUGUCGAAGUACUCAUAGAAGAUUUCUCAGAAGAAAAGCCAGACGUGAACUGUCCGAGGCAUCAUCAGAAAAUAAUGUUCAUCUAGAUGGAGAGGAAAGCUCUGACGGUGAUACUGUUGAGGAAACCCAAGGUCCUAAUCAGAAGUUAGAUGUGAGCAUGGAGAGGUUGGAAGUUUUAAACAAUAGUAUAGAAGAUGAAGAAAAAACUGUUGGGGGGAAAAGUGAUGAUGGUGGUCUGACUGUAAUACUCGAGCAAAUGAGAUUAGAACCUGGUUUAUCAGGUAGGGGUUUGGAUGGAACAUGCAAUGAAGAAUAUGAUCAGUUGGAUAUUUCAAGUGAGACAAAUGACAGUGUUGACGCAUCAUUUCUGGAUGAUGGUAGCAGCGAGCAGAGUUGGGCAUUACGCUCCUUGUCCGAAUCAAGUGUAGCCUGUGUAACGGGUGAUUUUGCAAUGCAAAAUGUUAUUCUUCAAAUUGGAUUGCGUCUUCUGGCACCAGGUGGUAUGCAGAUUCGUGAACUACACAGGUGGAUAUUAAAGUGUCAUGCUUGUAACAAAGUGACUACCGAGAUCGGGAGGAUCUUCUGUCCAAAAUGUGGGAAUGGUGGCACCUUACGCAAGGUAGCAGCAACUGUUGGUGAAAAUGGGGUUGUUUUAGCAUCUCGUAAGCCACGUAUAACCCUACGUGGCACAAAAUUUUCACUUCCAUUACCUCAAGGGGGAAGAGAUGCCAUUACCAAGAACCUCAUAUUACGUGAAGAUCAACUACCACAUAAAGUCUUAUACCCCAAAACUAAAAAGAAAUCAAAUACGCUGGGAGAUGAUAUUUUCAUUUCAGAUGAUAUCUUCCGCAACAGCUCCGACAAAAGAGCUCCUCUACAGCCACCAGUUAGAAAAGCUUUAGCAGUGUUUAGUGGAAAAAGGAAUCCUAAUGACAAUCAUUACUCUCGUGCCAAGCACUAAGAAGUUUGUUUUGUAAGAAUGUGGUAGCUUACAGUUUUGAACGAAAGUUUGGUAGUUCAACAUUAUUUAUGCUAGCAUAGUUGUUGUUUUGAAAGAAGAAUUUUUGAGGAACUCAUUUUUGUUCUCUCGAAAUUCAGUUUUGUUCUCUUGAUGUUUGAACCAGGACUCCUCAGUGUUAAUGGGCUGUGAAUUGUGAUGGCCUCCGGCAUAGUUUGAUGGUAGUACGGGCAUCUGUUUGUGCAGUAGUAGGGGAUCGUAACUAAGCAUAAGUUUUUUUAUA